AUGAGUUGUCAACGAGUCCUCACCUACCUGCGGAUAUUUGGGACCACCAUGUUUGGCGUGUCCCUCUUGGUGGGCAUCUCCACGGCCUACAUCAUGGGCUACCAGUUCUUCACCACAGCCCACAACCACCUCUCCUUUGGACUGUACGGAGCCAUCUUGGUUGUCCAUCUCAUUAUCCAAAGCCUGUUUGCACUCCUAGAACAUCGAAAUAUGAAGCGGUCCUUAGAGACGCCGAUCAAACUGAAUAAAUCUUUAGCGCUGUGCAUUGCAGCGUAUCAAGAGGAUCCAAACUACCUGAGGAAAUGCCUGGUGUCAGUAAAGAGGCUGACGUACCCUGGAAUCAAAGUCAUCUUGGUGGUGGACGGGAACUCGGAUGAAGACUUGUACAUGAUGGACAUUUUCAAAGAAGUCAUGGGAUGGGACAAGGUCGCCACAUAUGUGUGGAGGAGUAACUUUCACAGCAGGGGCCCCGAGGAGACGGAUGAGAGCUAUGCUGAGAGCCUGCAGCAGAUAUCCAGACUGGUGCUUAACAACAAGUGCGUGUGUAUCAUGCAGAAGUGGGGAGGCAAAAGAGAAGUCAUGUACACCGCCUUUAAAGCGCUCGGGAGGAGCGUUGACUAUGUGCAGGUGUGUGACUCUGAUACCAUGCUCGAUCCAGCAUCAUCCGUAGAAAUGGUUAAAGUUCUUGAAGAGGAUCCUAUGGUUGGCGGUGUUGGAGGAGAUGUACAGAUCCUAAACAAAUAUGAGUCGUGGAUCUCCUUCCUGAGUAGCGUACGAUACUGGAUGGCAUUCAACAUCGAGCGAGCUUGCCAAUCUUACUUUGGCUGCGUGCAGUGCAUCAGCGGGCCUUUAGGAAUGUACCGGAACUCACUCCUGCAUGACUUUCUAGAAGACUGGUACAAUCAGACCUUCAUGGGAUCACACUGCAGUUUUGGGGACGACCGCCAUCUUACGAACCGAGUUCUCAGUCUCGGAUAUGCAACCAAGUACACUGCACGGUCAAAGUGCCUAACAGAGACACCCAUUACUUACUUGCGUUGGCUGAAUCAGCAGACUAGAUGGAGUAAGUCCUAUUUCCGAGAAUGGCUUUACAACUCCAUGUGGUUUCACAAACAUCAUCUCUGGAUGACCUAUGAGGCUGUGAUCACUGGGUUCUUCCCAUUUUUUCUCAUCGCCACUGCAAUCCAACUCUUCUACCAAGGAAGACUCUGGAAUAUUCUGUUAUUUCUUCUCAUUGUUCAGGCAGUGGCCCUGAUCAAGUCGACAUUUGCCAGCUGUCUCAGAGGCAACAUCGUCAUGGUGUUCAUGUCCUUUUAUUCUGUACUGUACAUGUCAAGCCUGUUGCCAGCAAAAAUGUUUGCAAUCGCAACAAUUAACAAAUCUGGAUGGGGGACCUCGGGAAGGAAAACAGUAGUGGUGAACUUUAUUGGUCUCAUCCCAAUAUCAGUUUGGUUUACCAUCCUCUUCAUCGGGAUUAUCUACACGACAAUCCUGCAGACUAGAAAACCCUUCCCUGAAUCAGAAAUGCUUAUUCUGUUUAUAGGGGCAGUUGUCUAUGCCAGUUACUGGGUGAUGCUUUUGUCUUUGUAUGCAGUGCUCAUAAACAAGUGUGGUAAGAGGAAGAAGGAACAUUACGAUAUGGUGCUGGACGUAUGA